GUAACAAGGUCUUGUAGACGGACUAUUAUCGCAUCAGCGGCACUGAUAGAGGAUCUGACUCGCAUACUGUAGGUGCCCAGACCAUGGACUAGUUAGAGCCUACGGUUGUCCAUUGGUUACAAGUCUUACACAAUGGCUUUGGUAGACUCUCAAGAUCUCGACUCCGAGACGGAGUUACAGACUAUUUUCGACCCCGCAUUCUCCAAGAAACUAGACAAGCUCUCCAACGGCAAUAUUUUCACAAAUGAAUACAGCAUCUAUGGCAUUUUUAGAGAUGGAAACGAGCCCCUCUUGUAUGAGGAAUUGAAGGAAAUGCUGGAGCAUGUCUCAGAUAUUUGCACCGUUCACGAGUACGAUUUCCACUUGUACAUUCGAGACAAGAGAUACUUUAACAGAGCGGCUAAUUUCGUAAGUAGAGACCAGGAGGAGAUAAAACACUAUGAGGUUCUGGCACACAGACAACCGUUUAACAUGGCCGGUUCUUGCACAUUGCGUGAAAUCCACGGCCCACCAGGAGUUCGAGUUAACGAGAUAAAUAUGAAGACUGUUCAAUCAAUUAAUGCAGAUGAUGGUAUUAUGGGUGUGCUUGAGGCCCUGGGUUACACUGCCUCGAAAAGGAGCAGAGUACAAUCGCAUACAUUUCACAUUGGUCACGGUACUAGCAACUACACACAAAUUUCAGUUGCUAGACACUAUUCAGAGACUGGAGAGGCACUAGCUCCGGGAAAGGCUCUGAUUGAGAUAAAAUGCAUCGGUAACAGUGACUUGGAUACGUACAAGACAUUGUUGAAAAAGUAUUCAAAGUUGCUUGGUAAAUUUGUAACAUUUUAUCUUUACCUAUGCCACGCAAUGUACUUUACAAAUUAG